CUAGCGGAGAGUUCGUAACGCGUUAGUCCCUUUACCAGUCGUCUGAUUCACUUCGCUUGAAAUAAAUUAAUCGAAAGCUGAAUAAAGCUGCAACAAAUUUAGUUGAUAACUUGCAUUUAACAAACAAACAAAUUCCGCUGACCACUGGUGAUGUCACAGCUGCGCUCGAAAGUCAUUACCCUCUACAAGCACUUGCAGUAUUUGGGCCGUGAAUAUCCCGGCCUGAACGGGCCGCAAAAGUUCAGGAAGCAGAUCCACGAUGCUUUCAUGAACCACAAGGAUGAGCAGGAUCCCAAGAAGAUCGUGGCUCUUUUGGCUCAAGGCCGCUACUUGGCCAAGGAGGUGGAGGCCCUCUACUCCCUAAAGAAAUACCGGAGUGUGAAGCAGCGCUACAGCUACAAUGACUAAGCGGGCGGAACGGAAUGCAGAAGGCGUGCCAGCGAUGCGGAAAUCGUGGCGAAAAUUCAAGGACUGACACUUAUGAUCCGCGGGGAAGAGCACGAAUGUGGAGGAAUCGUGAGAAUAUGAUACGUUUGCCUUGCUUGUCGCGCACACAAAAAAUACAACACAUAUAUCUAUAAGCAUAUUGUUCGGCCAAAGCAAACGCAACCCAAAACACACACAAAAAAAACAAUAAUAAUUUCGAAUGUCUUGUCAAUGUCUAACUUAAAGUUUGUUAUUGAGACAGCCAAAAAAAAGCGAAAAACAGACGUAGCGAAUAAACGAAGCAGUCAUUGAAUAAACCAAAA